AUGAUAAACGCAGUCCUCGUCUUCAAUAACGCUGGUCAGCCGCGUCUGACCAAAUUCUACACGCAACUGGAAACUUCUGUUCAACAGCGACUGAUCUCCGAGAUCUUUACACUUGUCUCGAAUCGGCCUUCGGGCUCAUGUAACUUCCUCCCCCUGCCGCCACUUCUUGCCAGCUCUGGCACCUCCCACACCUCUUCCUCCGAACACAACGAUACCCCAUCCCUCGUAACCUACCGGCACUAUGCUACACUGUACUUCAUCAUAAUCAGCACAUCUACGGAAUCCCCGCUAGCACUCAUUGACUUGAUACAAGUGUACGUCGAAGCUCUAGACCGCUUGUUCGAAAAUGUCUGCGAGCUAGACUUGAUCUUUAAUUUCGAAACACUUCACACAACGCUAAGCGAGAUGAUAGUGGGCGGGGUAGUGAUAGAGACGCAGCUGGAGAAAGUGGUUGAGGGUGUUAAAGCACAAGGAAAGGUAGCCAAACGCCCAGUCAAUGAGGGCCGAGGAGGAGGGGGACUAGGCAUGUCAAUGGGCGGCAAUUUUGUCGGCUGGGCAGGGAGGUAG